AUGGUAGGGAUUCCACCGGGCUUCAUCUACAUUGCACAUCGACUCCCUCGCCUAGUCAGUCCUCUGGCUCUUGUUUAUGCUGGCUCCAGGAUCUGGGCAAUCGUCUUCGAGAAUGCAGCCCCCCUCUGGCUGAGGCGCUCUGCGUAUAUAUUCUCCAUCCCCAUCGCAAUGGCAUGUGGGAUCAUCUACACCUACCUUCGUGACAGGAGGGAGGCAGCACUUCGAGGCGCUGUCCUUGCCUCACAAGUGAAGAGUACGUGGCCUGGUGGUCUCGACAUCCUUCUCUCAGUUGCUCGGGGUUUUGGUGACGGGCAUAUCGGAUCACCGUUUGACCAAUACAGUCAGGAAUAUGGCCCAACUGUCAAUGUUAGGUUCAUGUUCGAGGACCAGAUUUUCACGACGGAACCCGAACAUAUCAAAGCAGUUCUUUCUACGCAGUUCAAUUCCUUUGAAAAAGGCCCGGUGUUCUGGGACCAAGUAAGUGCUCUACUUGGAACUGGAGUAUUCAACUCGGACGGUACACUUUUCCCGUUCCAUCGCUCGAUGACGCGACCGUUCUUUAGCAAGGAUCGGAUUAGUCACUUCGAUAUAUUCGAAAAGCACGCAGAUGACGCUCUGAACCAAGCGAAAUCCAGAUUCCAAGAGGGUUACCUGGUGGAUUUCCAGGACAUGGUGGGCCGAUUCACCCUUGACUCGGCAACUGAGUUUUUGUUCGGGAAGAAUGCUGGCUCACUUUCUGCUGGACUAGUCUAUCCCAAAAAUUCGUUACCAGGGCAAAACAAUGAAUAUGAAAACCAUCCGUCCAACGUUUUUGCCCGUGCGUUCUCGCAAGCACAAUCGCAAGCCGCGUUCAGGGGUCGUUUCGGAUCGUUUUGGCGCUUGGCCGAGUUCUGGAGUGAUCGCAUUCAGAAGGAAAUGGAUGUCUGCCAUAAAUUGAUCAAUCCUGUCCUCAAGGACGCUUUGGAAAUGAAAGGCAAGCGAUCUACAGGACAGGGGGGCACGGAGGAGAAAGGGGCCCUUGAGGAUACAUUGCUUGAACAUCUCCAAUCUCUCACAGACCACACUGUCAUUAGGGAUGAGAUCGUGAACAUCUUAAUAGCGGGGCGUGAUACCACGGCGGCUACCUUGACAUUCCUGGUUUACAUGCUUUCCCAACACCCGGAUGUUCUGAAGCGACUUCGUGCAGAAGUUCUUAGUAAGGUUGGGAGUUCGAGAAGGCCGACCUACGAUGACGUGCGGGACAUGAAGUACAUGCGAGCUGUCAUCAAUGAAACUCUUCGAUUGUAUCCCCCCGUCCCUUUCAACGUUAGGACGAGCACAGAAGCGGCGGUAUGGGCCGGCGUGAAUGGAGGUCCGCUCAUUUAUAUCCCACCAAAGACGCGGAUCCCGUAUUCUGUAUUCCUUAUGCAUCGUCGGAAAGAUCUCUGGGGUCCCGAUGCUGAGAUGUUCGAUCCGGACCGAUUUCUCGAUGAACGAUUGAAGUAUCUAACAUCGAAUCCGUUCAUCUUCCUCCCAUUCAAUGCAGGACCCAGAAUUUGUCUAGGUCAACAAUUUGCAUACAACGAGAUGUCGUUUUUCCUCGUUCGUCUAUUGCAAACUUUCUCUUCCAUAACGUUGGCAGAAGACGCCCAGACUCGACCACCUGCAGAAUGGGGCAAAGGAAUAGGACGCAACUCACAGGAAAAAGUGAUAAUCAAAUCUCACCUGACCUUGUAUGUGAACGGGGGUCUGUGGGUACGGAUGGGGGAAGCUGGCGAUGAUGAUAAUAUGUGA